GGGGCAUUUCUUGUAUCGCCUGCCUCCAGGCUCCAGCAUGCUCUCUUUCUGCUGAGCUCCCCGGACCCCGAUCGCGACUGCAUCAGAGUAGGGAUAAAGGAGAGAGAGAGCCAGUGAUUGCGCAGUGGGCACCAACGCAACGCACCGUUGCCUGUGAAGCAGCGCAGCGCGGAGCGGAAGGGUCCAGCGACCGCGACUGAUGGGGAGGAGCGGCGGCGAGACCGCGGGGAAGCGGCAGCAGUUCGGGAGCAUGGAGGAGUUCUGGGGCUUCUACCUGAGCCAGCACUCCAAGCCGGGCACGCGGCGGUGGCACUUCCUCGGCACGCUGGCCUCGCUCGCCUGCGCGGUGCUCGCGGCCGCCACUGGCCGCGCCGCGGUCCUCCUCGCGGGCCCCAUUCUCGGGUACGGCAUGGCGUGGUACAGCCACUUCUUCUUGGAGGGCAACCGCCCCGCCACGUUCGGUCACCCCGUGUGGUCCUUCCUCUGCGACCUCCGCAUGUUCCUGCUCAUCCUCACCGGCCGUAUCGACGCCGAGCUCGCACGCCUCCGCGUCCGGCCGACGGCCGAGUCCACCGACGCCGCGGCGGCCUCUGCGCACCAUGACUGAUCCGUAUCCUCCAUGCUCGUCUGUCUUGCUUGCCUACCCGGCUACCCGUAGCGAGUUUGAAGUGAAGGCCUAAAUCAAUCGAUCACCAGCAGGCAGUUCGUAGGUGUUUCUUGGUAAUAUCUGUAUCAACAACCAUUUCAACUUGUAUCUCUAAUCUCUAUAUAAUAAAUACCAUGUUCUUGCUCUAAUCUUUAUCACC